GUUGCACAGUGUCUUCUAGUAGUAGCGCCCACGCCAGGGACUGCUUCUCCGAACCUCAUUACGGGAGGGCAAGCUAAGUCAUCACAAGCACCAACACCUGUAUUUCCUGGCUUUGGUCAACCUGAUUCUACCUUCCCACAACCCAUUCCAACAACGACAACAACAUCCACAACAUCAGCGGAUCCCCUAGCUCCGCUGCUGAAUCUAUUUGGUACAGCACCAGGAGGAGGCCCAGCUCUUACAUUGCCAACGUUGCCACCUCCACCCACUACAACAACCACACCUCCAGUGAACAUUUGCAGCCUUCCGCCUCUCACUGGCAAUUGCAGUCGAGCAAGAAUCAUGUGGUACUACGAUACCGAAACGGGCAGAUGCGAACGUUUCAGUUUCAGUGGUUGUGGAAAUCUCAAUAGAUUCCCAAGCAAGAUGCAAUGUGAAAUGGCAUGCGUCAGACGCGGAUAG